CUUUUGACGUCGCUGCGUCUGUCCCUUUUCUCUGUCUUGUUCUCAACGAUCUUCAACGUACGUCCCUAUUUAACGCGAGGAGGCAUAACACAUCGGUCCCUCGCGCAGCGUCUUGGGGCCCAGCCCUCGCAACCAGCAAUUGGCAACCAGUGAGUGAGAUGCAGACGAGGCAACCAUGAUAGGUCCAGGUCGGCCCGACACACUUGCUUCAGUUGGUAUGUGUGUGUGAUGCAGAAAGCUGUUGGUGACACCAUUGGCUCGGCUGCCUUCCCUCCCGCCGGGAUGAUGGAGUCGACGUGCACAUCUGAUGACUGCGCGGCCCCCGCCCCAAGAGCACCUCUCAAGAAGUGAGUAGGCACAACACACACGCGCGCACACACACAGGCAGAGGAAAGGCAACACAGGCCGCAACACACACAAAGUGAACAACAAGCAUCGGAGGUCGUGUGUACCGCGAUGGUGUGUGUAGGGAGGAGUUGAUCCGUCAAAUACCGCAGGGCAAGGGCUUUGAGGACUUCUACUUUGUUGGUCAGUCAGUCAACGAGACACCCAGGGAGGCAGACAGGCUGGCAAUGGGCGGGCUGUGUAGGUGGUGUGGUGUGUAUGGAUGGAUGGUGUGGUCGAUUGUGUCUGUCCGCUGGCUGGUGCGAUGCAUUGGUUGGUUGGUUGAAUGGGCUGGGCAGGCAACAAGCUCAAGAUAUGUGCGGACAACCCCAGCUCGACGCGACCCGUACUCAAAGAGGUAGGUCACCACACACACACACACACACACAGAGGCAGAGGAAGGAAGGUCCCAUCCGAGCUAAGAGGAUGUGCCCAAUGGAUGUGUGUGUGUGUGUGUGCAGGUGUUGGAUGUGCCUACGCUGCGCAGCCGUGUGGUCAAAAUCAUCAACCGGAGCAGAAUACCUGCGAGUGCCGGAGGGGAGAGGUAUGUGUGUGCACCGCCCCUCCCACCCACACAUAUGGCACGGUUGGGGACGGGAGGAGGGGAUGGCCGCCGGCACACCACGAUACUCCCUCUGUGUGUGUGUAUUGUGGGGUGUGUGUGUGUGUGUUGUGUGUCUGUUGUGUGUGUGUGGACAGGCUGUGGCGUCGUUUGUGCGAGCGUUUGUUGGGUCUGGAUGAGCAUCCCAAUUUGAUGCGGAUCCACGAGGUGCUCGAGUCAUGCGAGCACUACUUUAUCGUCAUGGAGCAGAUGCAGGGCGGGGAACUGUUCGACUUCCUACUCAACGAAAGGGCCGUACCAGAGGUAUGUAGGUAUCCACACUCACACACACACACAGGGGGAGGGGGGCAACAAAGAGGAGACAGCCAGGGGCCCUGCGAGAGAAGUGAUGUUUCCUCCCUGCCUGCCUGCCUGCCUGUGUCGGUUGGUGGGUGGUGGUAACUUACGCAGGAGACGUGCAAGUACGUGAUGCGUCAGAUUCUGCGAGGGGUCGACCACCUGCACUCAAACCACCUGCUGCACAGGCAAGGACGGGCGAGGAAGGGCAGAGAAGCCACACGAUCAACCCACCAGUCUACCAGCCGUCAAUCAACCCAUGUGUGCGUGUGUUAUGGAUGUCCUAUACCUGUCCUCUCUCCUCUCCUGAUGUGUGCGCGCGGCCUGCGUGCCUGUGUGGUGCUGUGUGGUGCUGUGUGUAUGCAUGGUGUGCUGCCUGCCUGUCAGGGAUCUGAAGCCUGAGAAUCUAAUGUUUCGCAACGCCAAGCAGUCUUCGACGAGCGUGACACAGAUGUACGAGCUGGCCAUCAUCGACUUCGACACGUGCAAGAUGCUCGACAUCGAGUGAGUACUCACUGCACUCAGCUACCUACCCACCUACCAGAGCAGCCUCAGACAGACAGACAGACAGACAGGCUCUUCCUUAUGUGUCCUAUGCACCCACCCCCGUACGGGCGUGUGUACGUGUUGUGUUGUGUGGGUAUGUAUUUAUGAUGGAAUCGAUCGAUGGUAUCUAUGUAUCGGUGUGUGUGUCGGGUCGGGUCGGUGGGUGGAAAUACAACUAACGUGUGUGUGUGUGGUGUGGUGCCCAUACCAUGGGUGCAAUGAAUGAAUGAAUGCAGUCCACUGGAGUACAAGGAGGUUGUAAAUGGCAAGCGGCGGCUGGUGGGGACGUACGGCUACCUGGCGCCAGAGGUCCUCAAGGGCGCCGAGUACUCCAAGGCAUCCGACAUGUGGUCCGUCGGCGUCAUACUAUACAUCCUCAUGACGGUGCGGUACACACACAUACACAGACACAUAGAUUAGUCAGAUUCAUUGUAGCCAGCCAGCCAUGACAGAAAGAUUCUUUAUGGAUUGGCCUGUCGUGUCUUGUCGUGUGGUGUGUGGUGUUUUGCAUUGCAGGGUGUGCCCCCAUUACCGAUGGACUGCAUGAACAGCGCUAAGGAGUCGAUUGAAGUGCUCAAAAGGGCUGAAGCGGAAGGGGUAAGACAGACAGACACUAAGGAAGUCAGUCAGACAGCGGGUGGGGAGGCCGGGGGGGAGGGAGAGAGGGACACUUGCUUGCUACGUCCGUGGAUCUGACUGCGUACGUACGUACGUACGUACGUGUCUCUCCCCGGCAGAUUGACUUCGACCUUUCCCCCCUCCCGGAGUUCCCUCGCUCGCGAGAUCUGUGCAUGCGCCUGCUGCAGGUACAUACAUACGCACCUGCGCAAGCCAGCGAGAGUACACAGUCAUACUGACGUACACGCACGCAUGCGUAUACGUAUCUUUUCAAACGGUCGAUCGUUGACUGACUCUGUCUUUCCAUCCAUGGGUGCGGCCGUUGGUGUGCCUGCCUGCCUGCCUGCCUGGCUGCCGUUGCAUUCCUUGUCAGUUCAACCCAGCGAAGCGCCUGACGGAAACCAAGGAAGCGCUACGACACCCAUGGUACCAGAGCCAGGGGCCAGUGUAGCUAGGGAAGCAAACAAGGAAGGAAGGAACCACACGACAGUCAGUCAGCCAGCCAACCACUCGCCACUCAUUGAUUGAUUGAUUGAUGGGCGGUUCUGUGUUCCGGUUUUUCCUCUGUGUGUGUGUGUGUGUGUGUGUGGUUGGUUGGUUGGGUCAUGUGCUCUGAUACAGGUUGGUUCAGCGUCAGGUCAAGGCACCGCCGCAGCCCCUGGCCAACGCCAUGGAGAUUGAGGGCAUCAAGCACCACAAUCAAAGACCCAGCGGCAGCACCGCGGGUACGUACACACAUACAUACAUACCGAGACACCUACACAAGCACAAACACACACACACACACGCAGUGACUGACCCAGUCCUGGGCUUUAGACAGUCUCGUGUGUGCGUUCUCUGUCUCUGUCUGUGUGUGUGUGUGUGUGUAGAUGUAGCGUCGCCGAGCACAUCGGGUACGACCCCGUUUGCAUCGUGGGACGCCCAGCAGGGUGACAAUUUGAGAAGCGGGAGUGGCCACCGGCCGUCAGACAUGUCGUCAGCUGUGACCCCCCAGCAGGGCCUCACGCCCGCCCUGCCGUCGCUUUUCCACAUCCCCCCUCAAGUCAACAUGCCAGUGGCUGCACAGCCCGCCUGUGCCAGUGCCCCUCCCACUAGUGGUGACCAAGACGGGCAGAUUAGGGCAGCUGGGGGCAAGACAUCAGCCUCCCUCACUCUGCCCGCCAGAGCGUAAGCAAAGCAGCCAAGCCAACACUCGCACUCGCACAAGACGCGUGUGCGUAUAGUACACUCACAUAGGGAUGGAUGGCUGCAUUUGAUUGCAAUGAAUGAUGAAUAUGUAUGUAUGUGCAUUGGAUUGAUUGGAUGUGAUGUCAGGCCCUCCCGCGAGCCGCUCACUCCCCUCACGCCACAGCCGCCGCAUCUCUUCUAGCUUCCGCACCGCACCGCACCGCACCCACCUCAGGUACAUACCUGUGUGGGUAGGCGAGGCGGGUAGCUACACACAUGUUGUCCACCCGUAUGUAUGUAUUGCGUGUGUGUAAACUAUAUAUACAUUGCUACCUACCUUCGUGCCUCUCUUUCCCCCUCCCUCCCUCCCUAUUGGUCUCCCUGCCAUCCCUCCAGGAUAUGCACAUCUGUAUGUUCGCCUGUUGAUGAUGCGAUUGAGAUCGAUGGAUGGAUGGAUGCCUCGUUUUCUGUUUAAUGAAGGAAGGAAGUUGAUCCAUUGAAUUCACUACAAACAGAGAGACAGACAGGUCCUGUCCUGGGAACCGUUGGUUGGUUGUUGGUUGUUGGUUGGUUGGUUGGUUGCUUGGCUGGCU